AUGGCUGUGCCCAUUGAAGUGCUGUGCAAGGAAUGCUUCAUGCGGGAAGAUCAAGGCAGCUCGGGUCGCUUGGACCGCGGCAGUUUUGCAAAGGCCCUGGGGCGGGUCUUUGCAUCCCUGCAGCCGGUGGUGCCGCAGCCGGAUGCCACGUGGUUUGACCGAGUCUACGAGAGCUAUGCUGCCAAGUGUGGCGGCGGGGUGUCCCUGCGAGCCAUGGAAGAUGCGGCGAAGCAAUUCGUGAGCCAUCAUCAGAAGAAACGCGAGUCUGCGAAGCAGACGGAAGCACCAAGCCACCAGCCCUCGCCUGCCAAGCAGCCGACAGGGCCAUCGGUGGGCCAGACGGUCGGCGAUCGUCAUCAAAAGAAAGUCAUCGAGGAGAUGUCCCCCAAGGGCUACGCCCUGCCGCAGCAGGUGCCCUUCUCCCCCAGCGCGCCGCGGCCGGGCUACGGCAAGGCGGUGGAGUUGGCGUCCGCCGUGAUGUGUCCCAUGAAGCAGGGCAGCAACGUCUUGGAGGACUACAUCAUGGACGACAAGAAGCUCGGGGAGGGCAGCUUCGGACAGGUCUGCGUGGUGACGCAGAAGCUCACCGGGCAGAAGCGCGCCAUGAAGCGAGUGGGCAUCCAAACGGAGAUGGAUAAGCGCCUGGUGGAGACGGAGAUUCAAUUGCUGAAAAAGUUGGACCAUGGAAAUAUCAUGCGACUUUCUGAGUGCUACGUGGAUGGCACCAGCCUCUUCUUGAUCUCGGAGCUCUGCGAAGGCGGCACGUUGCUUCAGGGCUUUGCGCGGCAUGGCUCGGAAAGCAAGGCUGCUAGUGCUGUGCGCCAGAUUCUAAGUGCCACGGCAGGGGGCUCCCAGCGGUGA